CUACAGACCUGUUCGCCAGCUGAUCGACCCAUGGCUUAAUUUUGUCUUAAAUAGUGAUUGCUUCCUGCGCAUUUCUUCCACGAAAUCAAAAGCCGUGGUUCAUCAAGGACCUGUCACUAUUGUCUGUGCACAGUACGCAACUAUAUAGUGAUCUUAAAUCCUCUCUCUACACUACAAUUGUCAAUUACAACAGUGCUCACCACAUACAUUCGGCCAACAACAUUUAAGAAUUUUAUAUCUUUCUCUUGUCUAUGCUCAACAUGCACCGUUCAUCCAACUACUCCUAUCCUCAAUCCUCGAGCUCGAGAAGCUCAUCAAGUCACGCAUCCAGCAGCGCAUUCAGCCCAAAUGCCAACCCUAACGAAGAUUGGACCAAGAUCUCCGAUCUUGCAGAGCGGCGCCGGAUACAGAAUCGCAUUGCACAGAGGAACUACCGCAAGAAAUUAAAGCGCCGUCUGGAGGAUCUGGAAAAGAGAGCGGCUACAGCAUCGACGUCGCCUGAAAGAACGCUUGAGAGACUGGAACAUCCGAAGACAACGCACACGGCGAAGUCUGGUCGUAGCAAACAGAGCCGGGCGUCCAAGACCAGUCAAAACAUAAACAGCCACUCGCCCAGCGAACGAGGCUCGUUCUACGACAGCUGUUCCACUUCCGAUGAUCGAGGGUCAAUGUUCUCUCACCAGUGUACUCGCCAGCUUUCAGCAUCUCCGCCACCGGUGUUCUCCUACCCAUCUUACUCGCACUUGGAUCCGUAUGGCCACUCGAGCUACGGUCAGCCGCCGGCAUAUCAUUCGAUCGGCAGCAGCUACCAUGAUCUUCCCUACCACAACGAAUACCCUCACCUGCCUUCAAUCCUUCCUGUCGCUAUGUCAGGCACUGGACCGUCAAAGAAGCCUCAUUCAUAUGCCGAUGACGAGAUUGUCAGUCCUUUCAGCAUGAGUUAUGCCUCAAUGGCCGGCAUCGAUCUGUGUCCGACACCACAGCACUUGCCCGAGACCAAUAUCCCUAUGCCACCAUUGUCUUCGGCUCAAAGCGAUGGCCACUCCUCACCUUCGACUCCAGCAGAGCCCUCGCUCGGGACAGGCCCUCUUACACCCGAAUCGGGACCAUGCUCUCCCCAUAUGUAUCCUUUCAUGUGAUCCCGGGACGACACUCUCGUUCCCGCGGCUCCCCUUCUAUUCCUCUUCACUUUUCGGCGAUUACUACUUUCUAACGAGUGCAAUGAUGUAUUAUUGGUAUCAGGGUUUCAAGCGGUUCUAUAGCUCUUUCUUUUCCGUUUCCUAAUGUAUCUUUUUGCUUGGUUCCAGGCUUCUUUCCUCCAACCUGCUCGAUAGAUUGCCUAGAGUGGUUCUCCGUGAUUUGUCCUUUGCUUGUUUAUUCGUCUCCACUUGCUCGAUGAGGAGUCCUCUCAUAUUAGUCGAGAAGAAGUCUUCUUAAUCGACACCAAGGGCCCGAUUGAAGAGUGUGUCUAAUUUCAUACCCGUUGGUGAUAGAGGCAUUUGUUGGUGGUGUUCAUGUCAAAAUUGGCCCUGAGGGGCAUGUUCGGGCAAUUGGAUUUGUUUUAAGGCGCGAAUCAUGAUACAAUCCCGUUUAGCAUAAUUUCAAUGAACAUCCAAGUAAGAGAGAG